AGGAGCAGGAGCCAUGGCAGGUGGACGCAGUUUCCAACGCCUUCAGAAGGUGGCUCUAGAUGCUCUCUCAAACAUCACUAUAGAACCCAUAAUGUUUCUACAGUAUACCGCCUAUUAUACACAGUUGGUAAUUAGAGACAACCUGAAGUUAGAGCGGUUCUGUCGUGUGACGCUGAAGUAUCCGGCCGAGGAGUGCGCCCAGAUGAACGACGGACACCACACAGACUUGCAAGUGAAGGCCCAGCAGCUGGACAGUGUCUUCACUUUUUACGAGAAGUUAGCGAGCACAAUCAUCCCGAUCUUGCUGCUAUCCUUCAUCGCCUCCUGGAGCGACAAGCGAGGACGUCGUGUCCCCAUACUUCUAUCAUUACUUGGACAGGUAUUGUAUAGCAUCAUCUACCUCCUGGAGGCUUUCUUCACGUCCUGGUCACCGUACGUUCUUCUGCUGGCAUACUUCCUUCAGAGCAUCGGUGGAGGUUUAAUUAUGUUCGCUAUGGCUUGCUAUAGUUACAUGGCAGACAACACCAGCCGGCAGUCCAGAACUGCUCGCAUGACCAUCAUGAAUAUCUUUUGGCAUCUUGGGUGUCCAAUUGGCACUGUUAUGGGGGCCUGGAUCUUUGACAUUGGAGGAUACGUGCCAGUCUUCAGUACGUCUCUCAUUUUCUACAGUAUGGCACUUGUUGUGGCUUUUUUUAUAGUCAAAGAUAAACAACUUGAAAAGAACGAGACGGAGAAUGACACAGAGAUGGAGACAAGUCCCUGGAACCCAAAGAAUGUCAUCAGUUUAUUACGUGUUGCCACCAGGACAAGACCUGGCCGGACGCGGCUGCAUCUUCUGCUUCUGUUGGUGUUCAUGCUUUGCUACAUGAGCUCCGUGCCUCACAACAUGUACCUGUGGACCCGCAGAGUGUUCCAGUGGGACCAGAACCAGUACAGUCUCUACUCAACCGCCAGCAUGAUUGCUGAAGUUUUGGUCAUGCUGAUAGCUACCCUCAUAUUCCACAGAUACACUAUUCACGACUGUGUGAUUGGCGCAGGAACAGCUCUUCUGAUUUUCUUGGAAGACUUGAGUUUUGGACUAGUUGGUGCCGCCAGCCAGUGGUGGGUUGUGUUAGUCUUCCUCGUUGUGCCAUCCAUACUUUGCCCCAUAACUAUCAGGAGCCAGAUAACUAAGUUGUGUGACGAUACAGAAGUGGGAAGAUACUUCUCAUUGCUGGCCAUCCUCGAGGUGUUGUGGCCCCUGGCGGACGGAGCCAUCUACUCAGCCGUCUAUACCUACACCAUCGCCUUCUAUCCUUCCUGCGAGCACCUCGUAUCGGCCGCCUUCACUCUUUGUCUAAUGAGCGGUUUCCUGGGCCUCAGGUUAUACGUGGACAGUGCUAAAGGGCGGCCUUCACCACCAGUCUUGCCUGAGGGCCGGCUGGGUACGAAGGGUCCGGCCACAGAAACUCACCCAUCCCGACCUUUCCAGCAGGAGGUCCCGUCCACCAUCUUGACCAGCUCUAGCUCAGGGUGUGAUCAGAAUAGGGAGAACCCACACAUGUUCUAGACGAAUGACAAGUGUGUGUGUGUGUGUGUGUGUGUGUGUGUGUGUGUGUGUGUGUGUGUGUGUGUGUGUGUGUGUGUGUGUGUGUGUGUAUUAACUAUUUGUGCCUGCAGAAUCGAGUUAUUAUCCGACAAAAGUGCUCAAGUUCAGUCACUCAUAUCAAACAGAGAAAACGAGUCCACGAAGAUUAUAAGAAAAUGUGCACGUAUCUUGAUGGUAAACUUAACUAUACGGAUAUUUUUUGUUAUUACUCUGAGGUUCCAACCCUGGAAUGUUGACUGCAAACUAUAUAAAACACUUAUAUACAUACAUAUCUGAUGCUGGUGUUAAUGUUAUCUUUGACUGCAAUAUAUAUAUUAGUGGUUUGCUUAAUUUAAACUGUAUACCUACGAAUCCUUCACUGUAUCAUUAUCUAAUGUAUAAUUAUAAUUAUACAUUAUAAUGUAUAAUUAUGAAUUAAGAAUAAGUAGGAAUGGGUAUGUUAUUAAAAUGUAUUAAUACUAGACCUACUUUAAACACUGUGACUACUCUUAACACUAGGCCUACUUGUACUAUUAUUUUAGACUUUAAUUACUAGCAUUUGGAUUUAGCCAAAUAUGAACAAGUUACUGUAAAACUUGUAGUAAUAUCAUUGAAGAAAACGGAUAAAAAAAACCUUCCUAAAGUUACAUCUUUCGUUAAUUCAAAGAGCAUUAAAUAUUCUAUUGUCCUAGUUUAUAGUAAUAUAACUGCACCGUUGUUAUUUACAAUUGUAUUAACUACUAGCUAUCGUGUGAGGUUAAUUGUCGAUAUUCCCUCUAACUCUGAAUCAUGUUAAGUCACUCAUAUUUGCAGAGAUUCAGUGUAGAAAUAUGCUCAGUGUAGAUAGACACAAUUAGUGUAUUGAUAGACACAAUUAGUGUAUUGAUAGACACAAUUAGUGUAUUGAUAGACAUAAUAAGUGUAUAAAUAGACACAAUUAAUGUAUUGAUUGCUUAACACUCUAUACACAAUUAGUGUAUAGAGUGUUAAGCUUAUGAAAGAGGCGUGCCCAAGGCUAUAUCUCGACACCUCUGUUGUUUACCAUGUAUAUAAACGAAUUAGAUUCAGGAUUGAACUGCAUAUUUACAGAUUUACAGUUGAUGCGAAUUUUGAGUGAGAAAUUAAUUCAGCAGAAAACUCGGUUUAAGACGAUCUAGAAAGGCUUUUGUUAUGGAUAAUAUUGGUAGAUGCUGUUUAAUGCUGAAGCCAGAUAAAGAUUAUAGAGAAAUUGGCUGGGUAUUGUUCAUAUUGGAAAGUCUCAAUGUAAACAAAAAAAUAAUCUUGAGGUCAUAAUAUUAUUACAUGUAUUA